AGAUCAAUCCCUUAAUUAAAAUCGUGGAGAAAGCGCCAAGAAGGAGUCAACCAGUCAGUUAUUGUACAAGAGAGGAUAAGGAAAUCACUGAGAAGUAUCGCCUGAUUGGUUGUGCUGUCGAAAAAAACUUCUCGACAAUGUUAACAGCGAUUCUAUGUUACUUAUUCGACGAAGAGAACUUUCUCAAGAACAGCAGAAAUUUUUCUACGGAGGCAUACCAUCAACGAUUUUGCGCUCGGAGGAAUGAGUACAAUACUCUGGCCGAGAUCGAGAGGAAUAUGACGAGCAGUACCAGUGAUUGGCACAAAAUAGCGGUGGUGCGGGACCCUCUCGAGAAAUUUGUCUCCGGAUUUGCGGAUAAAUGCCUCAGGCGGUGCGAAUUCGGCACGCACCUGCACGACUUUCGAAUACUCUACUUCGAUACGUCCAAUCCAUCAGGGUUUAUGGAAAAUCUGCUGACAGUUCUGAGAAAGAGCAAUGUGCAACCAAAGUCAAUUGACUUCAUAAAGUUGUCAGUAGCGUCGAAACGGACUCCGCAUAGCACAAAAGACACUGUGGAGCACAGAGAGACGAGACGUGCGAUACUAUCGAACUCUUAUCUUCUUAAACUACUAGUCAAAAUGUAUUUUUACGAUUAUGUUCUGUUCGGCUAUCGGAUCCCAGAUAUUCAAACGGAAGCAAAUAAAU